AUGUUAAGCAGUCUCCCAUCCUGGAAUCCUCGUGCUGAAUUUCUCAUAGUUUGUGUAGAAGUUGUCGAAAAACCUCACGCUGUCGCGCUCAAUCUGAGUGAAGUACUGUGGAGGAAAGGCAUUGUUAAAAUAGCGGUUUUGAUGCCUGUAGCAAAUGAUCAGUAUCAAAUAUACUCGAGGAACCCCUUCAAGACACCAAGACAUAGUCUGAAUACAUCACCAUUAGGCCAUUGCCGCUUAGGUACGUAUCACGGCAAGACGCCUUGGUCUGGACCUCCCCUAGAGGAAUGCAGCAACAAUUGCACCCUCAAGGUGCACUACGUAGACUGGCCUCCUUUAGUUUUAAAUGCGAAGAUGGGUUUGCAGCCAUCGAACUACGAACUCAGCCAAGGAUUCGACAUGAAUAUACUUAAUAUAAUAGCAAAUAAGUUAAACCUAACCGUGUUUUACAACACAACCGGCAUUCUCUGGGGGAAAAUUUACGAGAACGGCACGACGGAGGGAAGCUUUGAACUAUUACUGAGAAACACCGUAGACAUUUUGAUAGGUGGUUACUCGAAAACAGCGGAGAGGAUAAAAUACUUCGACAUCACGGAUUCCCACAUAGAAGUUUUCCAGGAGUGGUGCGUAUCCAACACACCUGUAAUGGUGGGGAUUCGAAACAUUAGCAAUAUUUUUCGUAUAGAGGUAUGGAUUGCGGUAGUUGCAGUAUAUUUUUUAGUCGCUACUUGCAUUUAUCUAUCAGGUAGACAUAACCAGCAUGAAUUUGGAACUUACAGAAAUAUUGGUAACACGUUGCUGACUAGCUUUCGAGUGUUUCUAGGAAUGACAGUACAUGCGCUACCAAGAGGUACAGGUACCCGCUAUUUCAUAAGUCUAUUAACAAUAUUUGGAUUUUAUCUAACUCUGUAUUACUCUGGAUACCUCACCAGCAUCAUUUCAGCUCCCAAAUACGUACAAAAAUAUAACACCUUGAAAGACAUCUACGACUACGAUCUUAAAACCUACUUCAUGCCCGACGACGCCAAGUGGAUUCUGCACGAUAACAGCAUUACUAGCAUAGUCCCCAGCGAACUGAUAAGGAAGAGAUGGAGGAAUUGCCGCAAUAUGUCGUGGUGUUUUGAAAUUGUCGCCACAUCGGAAGCCACAUCUUUUUAUACGGACAACCUCCAUAAGGAUUACUUUCUUGCAUCGCAUAGCCGUUCCAUGCAUUGCAUAAGGUACAACAAGAUCGGUACUCCAGUUGGUAUAGUCUUAAGGAAGGGUUUCCCGUUCUACACUCAAUUUAAUUUGAUCAUAAAUCGCAUAUUCGAGGCCGGAAUUAUACUGAAAUGGAGAAGGGAUAUAUUUAAACCCAAAAUAUCGGCUCUUAGUAAGGGCGACACCGAUUCAAGCAUAAAGUUUAAGAACCUCAAACCCAUUUUCAAAUUUCUCCUAGUGAGUAGUUGCAUCUCGUUGGUCGUGUUCCUGAUCGAAGUCGUGGUACAUAAAUUAAAUUUUUAA